GCACAACACAAUAACCAAUAAUAGUAGUCAAAAUUAUUCUUUAUUCUCCACCUUUUGCAGUAUAUGGUCAGACUGUAGUACAUUUUGAAAAUAUGAUGAAUAUUUGAUACUAUAAGAAACAACAUUUUUCCAUGUAAAAAAUAGAAUGCGGAUCAUAUGGGUGACCCGCAAUCCACCCGCCAUCCACCCACAUAAGUGCGGGUGGGAGAUUUAACAAUCCGCAAUCCACCCACAUCAAUCACCCAUUGCAUGCGGGUCGGGUUAUUUGCGGGUGGAUCGAUAUCAAUCCACGGAUUAACCACCCACGUGCCCACCCCUACUAAAAGGGUGUGGAAAGACUUUUAAGGAUUAGUGGAAUGGAAUGUUGUGCAAACAUUACACCAUCUAUAAAAUUCUUAUUCCAUAUGCUAAAAAGGUAGUAGAAAGAAAUAUAUACUAAUAAAAAGGUAGAAAGGAAUAUAUACUAAUAAAAAGUGGAAUGAAUGACAUGAGCCCUGAAACAUUCCUAUUUCAGACAAAUAAAAUCAAUAUUGACAAAGAAUGCGUUUUCCACACAAAUUGGUAAUUUAUUAUAUUUAUUUUUGUCAAAUUGAGCUAUAAAAUGAUGUAAGAACCGGUCCACUUAGAAGUUUCCCAAGGAAAAAGGAGGAAGAAGAGAAACACGGAAUGUAAAAGUCAGGAGCUUGUAUUAUAAUACUGGAUAAUAAUUUUUUUAAUUUUAUAAAUAUCAGUGUUUGUGAAAUUGUAUCGUAUAGAAAUUCUAAAUUGAGAGAAAUUCUUAAUUUUAUCAUCAUAGAUUUCAGGCGAUUUUCUUGAAAUGCCAUUUUCUUUCGAUUUUGAAUGCUACGGAUCAGUGAUUCAAACCGAGGCUAUUCUCCAUCGAUGGUGAAGUCUAUAGAACCUAUUCUCCGCCUACAAUUAAGUCCAUUAGGCUACAAUUUGGGGGAAAUACUUUUAGGAUGACAUUUUCGUAAAUUUUAGGUCGAUUUUUUUUUGAAUGUCCAUUUUACUUGGAUUUUGAAGGCUACAAAUCACAGAUUCGGCCUAUGACUAUUCUUCAAGGAUGAUUAAGUCAAUUAAGCACCAGAUUUGGGCGAAUUUAUUCCAGGUCAAUUUUUUUCAGAUUCCAAAGGGGUAUUAUCACAUAUUUCGAGUAAUUUUCCCGAAAUGACAUUUUCUUUCGAUUUUGAAGGCUACGGAUCACAGAUCGGGCAAGAGGCUAUUCUCCAUCGGUGGUGGAGUCUAUGGAUCCUGUUCUCCACCGACAAUUAAGUCCAUUAAGCAACAAUUUGGGGAAUUACUUUUAGGAUGACAUUUACGUAAUUUUUUGGGCGGUUUUUUUUCGAAUGACAAUUUUACUUGGAUUUUGAAGACUUCAGAUCGCAGAUUCGGCCCGAGACUAUUUUUCAAGUAUGAUUAAGUCGAUUAAGCACCGAUUUGGGAAGAUUUAUUCCGUGUCAAUUUUUGUCAGAUUCCAAAGGGGUACCAUCACAGAUUUCAGACGAUUUUCCCGAAAUGCCAUUUUAUUUUCAUUUUGAAAUCUACGGAUCACGGAUUCUACCAUGGGCUAUUCUCGACUGAUGGUGAAAUCUAUGGAUCCUGUUCUCCACCGACGAUUAAGUCCAUUAAGAAUCAUUUUGAAGGAAUUACUUUUAGAAUGACAUUUUGGUAAUUUUUUGGGCGAUUUUUUUUCUUAAGGCCAUUUUACUUGGAUUUUAAAGGCUAAAGAUCACAGAUUCGGCCCGAGACAAUUCUUCAAGGAUGAUUAAGUCCAUUAAGCACCCAUUUGGGAAGAUUUAUUCCGGGUCAAUUUUUGUCAGAUUCCAAAGGGGUACCAUCACAAAUUUCAAGCGAUUUUUCCGAAAUGCCAUUUUCUUUCGAUUUUGAAUGCUACGGAUCAUUGAUUCGGCCCGAGGCUAUUCUCCAUCGAUAGUGAAGUCUAUGGAACCUAUUCUCCGCCUACAAUUAAGUCCAUUAAGCUACAAUUUGGGAGAAUUACCUUUAUGAUGACAUUUUCGUAAAUUUUAGAGCGAUUUUUUUGAAGGUCCAUUUUACUUGGAUUUUGAAGGCCACAAAUCCCAGAUUCGGCCUAAGACUGUUUUUCAAGGAUGAUUAAGUCAAUUAAGUACCGAUUUGGGCGGAUUUAUUACAGGUCAAUUUUUGUCAGAUUCCAAAGGGGUAUCAUCACAGAUUUCGGGCAAUUUUCCCGAAAUGACAUUUUCUUUUGAUUUUGAAGGCUAUGGAUCACGGAUCGAGCCAGAGGUUAUUCUCCAUCGGUGGUGAAGUCUAUGGAUCCUGUUCUCCACCAACGAUUAAGUCCAUUUAGCAACAAUUUGAGGAAUUACUUUUAGGAUGACAUUUUCGUAAUUUUUUGGACGAUUUUUUUUUCAAAGGUCCAUUUUACUUUGAUUUUGAAAGCUACAGAUCACUGAUUCGGCCAGAGACUAUUCUUCAAGGAUGAUUAAGUUCAUUGAGUACCAAUUUGGAAGGAUUUAUUACGGGUCAAUUUUUGUAAGAUUUCAAAGGGGUAUCAUCAUAGAUUUCGGGGGAUUUUCCCGAAAUGACAUUUUCUUCCGAUUUUGAAGACUACGGAUCACAGAUCGGGCCGGAGGCUAUACUACACUGAUGGUGAAGUCUAUGGAUCUUGUUCCCCACCGACGAUUAAGUCAAUUAAGCAACAAUUUGGGCGAAUUACUUUUAGGAUGGCAUUUUCGUAAAUUAUUGGGCGAUUUUUUUUUCGAAGGGCCAUUUUUCUUGGAUUUUGAAUGCUGCAGAUCACAGAUUUGGCCUGAGACUAUUCUCCAAAGAUGAUUAAGUCCAUUAAGCACCGAUUUGGGCGGAUUUAUUCUUGUUCAAUUUUUGUCAAAUUCCAAAGGGGUACCAUCACAGAUUUCGGGCGAUUUUUCCGAAAUGACAUUUUCUUGAGAUUUUGAAGGCUACGGAUCACUGAUCGGGCCAGAGGCUAUUCUCCAACGAUGGUGAUGUCUAUGGAUCCUGUUCUCCGCCGACGAUUAAGUCCAUUAAACAACAAUUUGGGGGAAUUACUUUUAUGAUGACAUUUUCAUAAUUUUUGGGGCGAUUUUUUUCGAAUGGCCAUUUUACUUGGAUUUUGAAUACUACAGAUCACAGAUUCGGCCUGAGACUAUUUUUCAAGUUUUAUUAAGUCCAUUUAGCACCCAUUUGGGCAUAUGUAUUCUAGGUCAAUUUUUGUCAGAUUUCAAAGGGGUACCAUCACAAAUUUCGGGCGAUUUUCCCGAAAUGCCAUUUUUUUAUAUUUUGAAUGCUACAGAUCAGUGAUUCUGCCUGAGGCUAUUCUCCACCAAUGGUGAAGUCUAUGGAUCAUAUUCUCCGCCUACGAUUAAGUCCAUUCAGCAACAAUUUGGGGGAAUUACUUUUAGUAUGGAAUUUUCGUAAAUUUUUGGGCGAAUUUUUUUUCGAAGAGCCAUUUUACUUGAAUUUUGAAGGCUACAGAUCAUAGAUUCGGCUUGAGGAUAUUCUUCAACUAUGAUUAAGUCCAUUAAGCACCGAUUUGGGGAUUUAUUCCAGGUCAAUUUUUGUUAGAUUCCAAAGGGGUACCAUCAUAGAAUUCAGGCGAUUUUCCCGAAAUUACAUUUUCUUGAGAUUUUGAAGGCUACGGAUCACGGAUCGGGCCAGAGGUUAUUCUCCACCGAUGGUGAAGUCUAUGGAUCAUGUUCUCCACCGACAAUUAAGUCCAUUAAGCAACAAUUUGAGGAAUUACUUUUAAGAUGGCAUUUUCGUAAUUUUUUGGGCGAUUUUUUUCGAAGGGACAUUUUACUUGGAUUUUGAAACCUGCAGAUCACUGAUUCGGCCUGAGACUAUUCUCCAAGGAUGAUUAAGUUCAUUAAGCACCAAUUUGGGCGGAUUUAUUCCGGGUCAAUUUUUGUGAGAUUUCAAAGGGGUACCAUCACAGAUUUCGGGCGAUUUUCCCGAAAUGACAUUUUCUUUCAAUUUUGAAGACUACGGAUCACGGAUUGGGCCGGAUGCUAUUCUCCACUGAUAGUGAAGUCUAUGGAUCUUGUUCUCCACCGACGAUUAAGUCAAUUAAGCAACAAUUUGGAGGGUAUUACUUUUAGGAUGACAUUUUCUUAAAUUUUUUAGCGAUUUUUUUUCCCGAAGGGCCAUUUUUCUAGGAUUUUGAAUGCUACAGAUCACAGAUUUGGCCUGAGACUAUUCUUCAACAAUGAUUAAGUCCAUUAAGCAUUGAUUUGGGCGGAUUUAAUCAGGGUCAAUUUUUGUCAGAUUCCAAAGGGGUACCAUCAUAGAUUUCGGGCGAUUUUCCCGAAAUGAUAUUUUCUGGAGACUUUGAAUCCUACAGAUCACAUAUCAGAGGCUAUUCUCCAUCGAUGGUGAAGUCUAUGGAUCCUGUUCUCAACCGACGAUUUAGUCCAUUAAGCAACAAUUUGGGGAAAUUACUUUUAGGAUGACAUUUUCGUAUUUUUUUGAUCGAUUUUUUCAAAAGGUCAUUUUACUUGGAUUUUGAAGACUACAGAUCACAAAUUCGGUCUGAGACUAUUUUUCAAGUAUGAUUAAAUCCAUUAAGCACCCAUUUUGGUAGAUUUAUUCUGAGUCAAUUUUUCUCAGAUUCCAAAGGGGUACCAUCACAGAUUUUUGGUGAUUUUAUCGAAAUACCAUUUUCUUGAGAUUUUGAAUCCUACGGAUCAGUGAUUCGGGCUGAGGCUAUUCUCCACCGAUGGUGAAGUCUAUGGAUCCUAUUCUCCGCCUACGAUUAAGUCCAUUAAGCAACAAUUUGGGGGAAUUACUUUUAGGAUGGCAUUUCCAUAAAUUAUUGGGCGAAUUUUUUUUUUCAAAUGACCGUUUUACUUCGAUUUUGAAGGCUACAGAUCACAGAUUUGGCCUGAGACUAUUCUUUUAGGAUGAUUAAGUUCAUUAAGCACUGGUUUGGGCGGAUUUAUUGCAGGUCAAUUUUUGUUAGAUUCCAAAGGAGUACCAUUACAGAUUUCGACGCGAUUUUCCUGAAAUGACAUUUUUUCGAUUUUGAAGACUACGUAUCACAGAUCGGGCUUGAGCCUAUUCUCCACUGAUGGUGAAGUCUAUGGAUCCUGUUCUCCACCGACGAUUAAGUCAAUUAAGCAACAAUUAGGGGGAAUUACUUUUAGGAUGACAUUUUCGUAAAUUUUUGGGCGAUUUUUUUUCGAAGGGCCGUUUCUCUUUGAUUUUGAAUGCUACAUAUCCCAAAUUUGGCCUGAGACUAUACUUCAAGGAUGAUUAACUCCAUUAAGUAGCGAUUUGGGUUGAUUUAUUCCGGGUCAAUUUUUGUAAGAUUCCAAAGGGGUACCAUCACAAAUUUUGGCGAUUUCCCGAAAUGACAUUUUUUGAGAUUUUGAAGGCUACGGAUCACGGAUCGGGCCAGAGGCUAUUCUCCACUGAUGGUGAAGUCUAUGAAUCAUGUUCUCCACCGACGAUUAAGUCCAUUAAACAACAAUUUGGGGUAAUUACUAUUAGGAUGACAUUUUCGUAAAUUUUUUGGGCGAUUUUUUUCAAAGGGCCAUUUUACUUAUAUUUUGAGGACUACAGAUCACAGAUUCGGCUUGAGACUAUUUUUCAAGUAUGAUUAAGUCUAGUAAGCACCCAUUUGAGCAGAUUUAUUUCUGGUCAAUUUUUUUUAGAUUCCAAAGGGGUACCAACACAGAUUUCGGGCGAUUUUGCCGAAAUACCAUUUUCUUUCGAUUUUGAAUGUUGCGGUUCAAUGAUUCGGCCCGAGGCUAUUCUCCACCGAUGGUGAAGUCUAUGGAUCUUAUUCUCCGCCUACGAUUAAGUCCAUUAAGCAACAAUUUGGUUGAAUUACUUUUAGGAUGGCAUUUUAGUAAAUUUUUUGGUGAUUUUUUUUUCGAAUGACCAUUUUUCUUGGAUUUUGAAGGCUACAAAACACAGAAUCAGCCUGAGACUAUUCUUCAAGGAUGAUUAAGUCCAUUAAGCACCGAUUCGGGUGGAUUUAUUACCGGUCAAUUUUUGUUGGAUUCCAAAGCGGUAACAUCACAGAUUUUGGGCGAUUUUCCUGAAAUGGCAUUUUCUUUCGAUUUUGAAGGCUACGGAUCGCGGAUCGAGCCAGAGGCUAUUCUCCAUCGGUUGUGAAGUCUAUGGAUCUUGUUCUCCACCGAAGAUUAAGUCCAUUAAGCAAAAAUUUGGGGGAAUUACUUAUAGGAUGGUUUUUUAGUAAUUUUUUGUGCGGCUUUUUUUGGAGGGCCAUUUUAUUUUGAUUUUGAAGGCUACAGAUCACAGAUUUCACUUGAGACUAUUCUUCAAGGAUGCUUAAGUCCAUUAAGCACCUAUUUGGGCGGAUUUUUUCCGUGUCAUUUUUUGUCAGAAUCUAAAGGGGGUACCAUCACAAAUUUCUUGUGAUUUUCUCAAAAUACCAUUUUCUUUCGAUUUUGAAGGCUACUGACAAGCCAAAACACAACACCAAUCUGCGACCAAGUGUAAUCGCAGACCGGGAAUGCAGUAACAGGCAAGUUAUAUUAUCAACCCGGGCUCUAGAUCUACUGCUUACUCAGUGAUUCUCUAUUAUCUAGCCAACUAGAGUAAGUGAUUGUUGUUUAAACUGAAAGCAGAAAUAAAGCAGGAAAUUAAUCGGUUUUCUUAAGCAGGAAAGAGUCACUCGGGAAUGAAUCCCCCUAGCUCUUUAGUUAGGUUUCAAUUGCAAUUUACCCUGGGUUGAUUUACUGUUGAUUAAACUGCGGAAGAUCCGACAGUAGCUUGGAAUCUCUUAAGCUGACCAAGCCCUCUCAGUCUAACUACCCGGCAGACGACUAGUCUUCACCGGGAUAGAAAGCUGAAGCAGUAAGAACAGAAAUUCACUACUGGAAUUAGAUUCCAGUACAAAGCAGUAAACUGGCUAACUCUCGUAUAACCAGUCUCCUACUAUCGAAUGAUGAGACUCUAGCAACCUAAUCAGAUUCUAUCUAUCUCAGAUUGCAGCAGGAAUCAGGAAAAGUUGAUCAGACUUCAAUUGACUCAAUAAACAUGCAUCAUUCGAUUAAAAUCAAACAGUAAUAUCAUCCCAAGUCAUUACAAUCAAUCCCCUAACACAUAGAACUAGGGUUCUUCAUCCCCAAGUGAGAGAGAGGUUCUACUCCAUAGAGAGAGAAAAGAAAACAGUAAUCGGAGCAGUCAUACUCAUAAUGAUGAGGAAAAUCUGCUCCGGGAUGAUGAUUUCCACUCCUAGGACGAUCUCCAAGCUUGAAUUGAUGAAUUCCAGCUCCAAGAUGGCUUCUAGGGUGAGUUCUUCGCACUUUCUCUCUCUAAAGCUCUGUUUUUGCUCAAGAAAUUCGAUCUCCCCUUCCUUGGCUCGAUUCUGGCCUCAAAAACCCGACUCUGGGCGAAUUACGGGCUGAAUUACGGCCGUAAUCACGUCCUGCCCGUAAUUCGCCCCAAAACACACGUUUCAAUUAAGCUGAAGGAGGAGAAGAUACGCCCGUAAUUUCACAAUUACCGCCAGUAAUUUGGGAAUUACGGUCGUAAUUCUUGGAAGUCAUGCCCGUAAUUUUAUCACCGAGAGGAAAUUCUGGGGAAAAGGCUCGACAAUUGUUUUACGGGCAUGCCCUAACCAAUUACGGUCGUAAUUUGGCAGGGGCUGCCCGUAAUUCGCUCUGUGAUUCGCCAUCUGACCUCCGAAUGACCUGAAACUUGCGCCUAUGCCCCACUGUACUUGCUAGGACCUGAAAUAUGGCAAAACAAUACAACCUAGCGUAAAAUAGGCCAAGCAACAAUCAAUUCGAGCCAAAAUGGACAAGAAAUCUGAGUGAAAACA